GUUUGGAUUGAUAGAAGGUGCCACUUAUCUUUGUUUAAAAAGUAACAAGGGAAUCGAUAACAAGUUCCCGAGAUCCGUUAUUUCGGAACCGUUACUUUAAAAUAGUUUUUAAUGAAAUUGAAUCAUAUUUCAGUACGAACACUAUUACGAUACACAUCUUUAAUUUAAAGUGUGUUACUGAAACAUAAAAUUCGUGUUUUGGUCUUUAAGCGGAUCGACGAAAAAUCCUUAUUUGCUUGUAUACUUUAAAAGUGAAAUUUUUGAAUAAUGUUACUUUUAUUUUUAAUCACUUUUUCAGGAUUUGUCAGCACUCAAGUCUCGGCCUUUGUUUCUUCUUCUCGUGGCGAUUGCACUAAAGUCUUUAGUUUAAACGGCUCUAUUGAAGAUUCAUAUGGGGGAAGUUAUAACUCAUAUAGUAAAUGUUGGAGGAUUUCCGUACCUGAAAAUCAUUUCAUUCGUUUAAAGAUUCAAAGUUUAUCUUUUAAUAAUGAGGAUUGUCGCAAUACAUACUUAGAAAUUAACACCGAUGAAGAAUAUAAAUUUUGCAGAAGACAGGAUUUAUUCAGAACUAUUACAGCUCUUUCAGAUGUUCAAAUACAUUUCAAUGCUUAUUUUUCAUCGAGGUUUAAAUUAAACUAUGAAAUUAAAGACGUUGAAUGUUCUCGUUCUGACAGUUUCCAUUGCACACCAUAUUCCUGCAUUCCGAAGUCUCGUGUUUGCGAUGAGGUUAUGGAUUGUUUAAAUGGAGCAGAUGAAAUUGGCUGCGCGACUGGAAUCAAUAGUGUGGAGGGUAUAGCAGAAGCUCGUAAAAAAGCCAUUGUUUGGCUGAGAAACAGGAAAUCUCCCUUGAAGGGUUGGCGAGAAAACACAGUGAGAGCUAUAACAGCCCUAUACCUGGCCGAAAAGUCCACAUUUAACAGUCGGGAACUUCAGGAGGAAUUAAUGGCAAAGCAAAUAGAACUCGAAACUGCAGUGUCGUUGUUAAAAGGUACAGUUUCUAACCAGUUGCUGAGCAUGCACAUCAACGCUCUUCUGUUGACAUGCCAAGAUCCUCGACACUUUUAUGGAAGGGAUUUGGUCAAACUGCUCAAGGACCAGGUGAAAGAGUCCGGAAACUUUACUCACCCUUCUGCUUACUUGGCUCUCUGCAAUGCGAAGGAAGAAUGGCCACACAGGUCGACAUCAGACAUUGUUUCAAUAUUGAGCAGUGAUUCUGAAUACAGUUUUAUUGGAGAUUUCCAAGCAUUUGCUGUGAUGGCUGUUGCAUGUUAUAAUGAAACAAAAUUUUUAAAUACAACUGCAAGUGCUGAUUUGUUGUCUGUGUAUCAAAAGACCAUCAAAGAUUUCAAAGAACAUCAACUUCCAGAUGGAAGUUUUGGUAACGUCCACGCAACAAGUCUAAUUACUCAAAGUCUUUUAGCGAGUGGUCAGGAACACACUAAAGACUGGAAGCUGAACGAGACACUCAAAUACUUGAUGAAAGAAUUGGAAAAUUCGAAUGCUGACUUUCUCGCCUACUAUCUGACUCUCCCGAUUUUGAAUGGAAAAACUUUAACGGACAUUCGGAGUUACAACUGUUCACUAACAACAGUGGAUCCAAGAGAACAGCUAGAGUUAGAAAUGAAGCACCAUACGGGAUCAAAAAUACAAAUCCAGUAUUCUUUGUUUGUGGGCGACGAGAAAGAUAUCAUUCAUACCAUCCAUUUGAAAGUGCCCUCGACUUUCACAGCUUUCCAAGUGUUGCAGUCCGCAGAAGCAGAAGAUCCCAAGUAUAAAUUCCAAUGGAAAAAAGUCUUUGAUAAAAUAGAUGUGUACAAAGUUGCUCAAAUAUCGAACGAUCCCGAAAUCGGAAAAUUUUGGCUGUUGUUUCAUGGGACAGGAAAAACAGAUGUUCUCAAUCAUUCUUUUCCUAGGUCCAGAUCAACUCAAACUAGAGGAUGGUAAUCAUCUUGUUCUAUGGUAUAAAAGUGUAGAUGUUUGACUUAAAUCUGCUGCAGCCCAAAGGAUUACUUUUAAAGAAUUGUACUGGGAAAUAAUCUCAUCAAAAAGAAGAAAAUGCUGUGAAUUGUUUUUGUAGUUCAAAAUUAAAAAUAAAUUUGUUCUGAAACUAAAUAAGUUUUCCUAAGUCUAUAAUAAGCAAAGCAAUCUUCAAUCGAUUGCAACAAAGUGAUCUUUAAUUCUUUUAAGUGUUCAGUUAUUAUCUUCUACAUUUGAAGAAUCAUUCAAAGUUAAAUAUUACACAUUAUGAUCUGAUUACUUUUACGAAAUAAUUGUCUAAGUACAAUAAAAUUAUGCUUUUUUGAGAA